AUGUACAGUCAACUGUACGAGGAAACCCCAAUACCGCUUACUGCGAAUUACGCGGUGGCGAAGGAAAAUGAUGAGAAAAGGGAUCCAGAAAGCUGUGUAAUUCUGGAGAUAGGACGGCAGUGCGAUAGGCCGAAGGAGGAGUUGACAUUCUCACACAAGAAGUACGACAAAACGAUCUCCCACCACAGAUCGUAUGUUCUAGAAGAAUACGACGAGCCGAAGAGAGUGUAUUUCAGGCCGCACGAGUUGGAGCCCGUCACUCAUGAAGAUUCUGCAUAUUUUGAUCAAGACGACUUUAGAGAUGUGUCCGUAGAAGAGUCUUUCGCUAGACCUACAGUAGACUACGACUUGGAGCUUCGCCAGCACACCGCCAAACCUUACGAAAAUCAAGAGUGUUCCCUGGACUGGAAGGAGCGGGCGCUACAAUUAGAAAAAGAGUACAAGAAGACGGCUUGUGACAGGGAGCGAACUCGGAUGCGCGACAUGAACAAAGCUUUCGACUUGCUGCGCUCCAAGCUGCCGGUUACGAAGCCUUCUAAGAAGAAAUAUUCUAAAAUCGAAUGCUUGAGAAUAGCGAUCUGCUAUAUCAAACAUUUGGAGUACCUGUUGUCCGGGCAGCCGACUGAUGGGAAUCAAACGUAUUUCGAUCAAGGUGGAUGUCCAGUGCGAUUUUGA